AAAGGGGAAAGAUGAAACUGGUCUUCUUCUUCUUGGCGAGAUGAAAUCCCUUGCCUUUGUUUAUUAAAAUCCAAUCCACAGAAAAUGUUUGAAUCUGUUAAAUAAGAUGAAGCAUCAUCCUGCCAUCGCUUCUUCUUCCUCUCUAUCGUUCCCAGCUUCUGAAUCCGAUCCCGAAGAUUCCUUCUGGCGUGAUUUCAGUUUUGAUUUCUCCUUCUUGACGUCUGACGAUCAUAAGAGUGUACAUGAUGAUCCUCUUUCUUCCAACACUAAAGAAUCAGAGCUCGAGGAACCUUGUUCGAAGAAUGAAAGCGCUUUUAGUCCUCUCUUCGCGAAAAUGUCAGAAUGUUGCAAGGAAUCUGAGCUAGAUGACACUGAGGUGGAUUCUCCUUGCUGGAAAGGAACAUGUUCCAACUCUUUUAGGUCUAGAGAUGAUCUUUAUGGAUUGAACCCUAUGGCUCCUCAGUUUAUUCCAUCUAAUGCUAAUAGAGAAUAUGGUUCACCCUCUUUGAAAAGGUCUCUGUCAUCAACCUUUCCUCCCUCAUCAUCAUCUGGUGACUUCAUCAGCAUAAGCAAUGGGAUUGAACAAGGUUCCCACCAAUCUUUAGGGAUUGAACCCUAUGACGCAGAUGAAAGAAGUUUGGGUUUAGUGUGUCAAGAUAUUAGCAAUCAGUUCCAAAGGCGUGUAAAGCUGGAUCCUUUGGCCCCUCUUUUUGUUCCUGCUUAUGCCCUCAUCCAUGACAAGAAGUCUGCUGUAGCUGAUGAUCACCUGAUAGCUACUGACAGAAAUGCUCACUCAACUUAUGCUUCUUCAGAGGUCGCCCACAUUGGUGGUAGUAAUCCAUACUCAUCCAACCCUCGGCUUGGAUCUCAAGUUUCUGAGAAUACGAAACUAGAUAGUUCCGGCAACAAAACCCAUGGUUUUAAGAAGAAGCUGAAUCCUCUAGCCCCACAGUUCUCCUUGGCAGAUACUAAACCUAAAGUAUAUGGCUCUAUGGAAAACCAAUCUGCAAAUGUGAAUAGUUCAGUUUUGUUCUCUCCAGUUAGCUAUAGGAACAACCAAGAGCUACAUGCAGGCUUAACACAACCCUCGGUGCAUGUGGGGCCAUCUUAUAAGGAAGUUGAUACAAAGCAGAUGGGUUCCUACAUCUCACAUGGAAGUUCGUCUCCACAGAUGGAUGUUAAAAAGCUGCUUACAACCAUACAUGGACUGUCAGAGUUGCUAACACAUGUAACUUCAGGUUCACCAAAUGAGCAAGAUCUUCAUCUCAUCAACUCUACUGUACAGAAUCUCAACUCGUACAUCAAUAACGGAGUGCAGGAGGAGCAUACCCGGAAAUAUGAUGGUUUGCCGAAUAUGUUUAAGGUAUGUUAUCUCUCCACUAUUUUUAAGUAGGUUCUGCUACAUAGGUGCGUGUGAAUUCACUGAAUCAUUUCACUAUCUUAAAGCACAUGUGAAAUCUUUAUACUGAUUAUGUCUUCAAUUCAGUUCCAAAGUUUGUAUCCUUAUGCUGCUAAUAUAACUAAUGGUUUUAUUUUAACGAUGUUCGCUUUUACCAUAUUCCUCUAAAAGGAAGGUGAGAAAACGUGUCAUCAAUUCUUUGUAUAUAUACAGACAUAUUCAUGUGUUAAUCUAUCUCAAUGAUUCUAAAUGUUCUGU